AUGCAGAAAUUGUUAUUAGUUUUGUUUGUUGCCUCCCUGUGCUUAGUGGUCAGUGGCCAAUACGGUCGCAGUUAUGAUAGUCAUAACGAUAAGACUGAGAUUAAGCACACCUGGAGUGACAAGAAAGACGACUAUGGAAAGGGUGGAUACGGUAAAAGUGAUGGAUAUGGUUAUGGCAAACAACAAGAGGGACACUCAACCAGAUAUUUUCAAAUGGACUCAAACAAAGGCUAUGGUCGCAAAUAUGAUGACAACUCUUAUAAGGCAAUGGACUCUUAUAAGUCAUAUGAUGACAGAUCUGAUAACUACAAGAAAUACGAUUCAUACAAAAUGGAUGACUACAACAACGACAACAAGAAGUACGCCAACAACUAUAGAAUGGAUAGCUAUAAGAGCUAUGGAUCCGAUAAUAACAACUACAAGAGCUAUGGAUCUGAUAAUAACAACUACAAGAGCUAUGGAUCCGAUAAUAACAACUAUAAGAGCUAUGGAAGUUAUGAAAACCUCAAGUCAUAUGGAUCUGAUGACAACAGCUAUAAGAGCUAUGGAGAUGACCGAAAGUACGGCAACUCUAAGGAUGGCUGGUAUGGGGGCUAUUAA